CAAUAAAUUCUAGAACAGUUCUAGAACUGAACUGAAAGAAUCAUCAUAAAGAGACUGAAACUGACCAAUUUCAUAACAACAUUUUCCCCUAAGUCUUAAGUUUUUCCCAUGGGGAAUAUAACCAGGAAAAGAUGCAGAGACCUGGUGGUUGACAGUCCCAAGUCCCUGGAAGAUGGCCCAUCCAUAGCACUUCACUUGAAAUUCUUUGAAGCCAUCAUGGACGAAGAUUGUGCUACCACUGAGGCACUGUUGAGAAAUCACCCCAUCAACCAGCCCAUCAUCAUUCUGCCCAACUCCACCAGCAACAGAUUACUUCUGAGCCAGCAUGCAGAAUCUAUCAUCCCCAUCCAUCUGGCUGCCAAGAGCCACAAGGCCCAGAGUUUGCGCUGCCUCUUAUGGCAUGGUGCUGACCCAGAAGUCAGGGACGACAGGGGCCUCACCACACUCAACUUACUGCUACUGCACUGGCCGGUAACUUCCAUCUGGUGGGCAAAACCAGGCAACAGACUCCAAAGGAUCCUGACAGACAUUCAGAAUAACGCCAUCACGUGUCUCCGCACCUUGUGUGAGCAUGGAGCUCAAGUUAAUGCUCGGGUGGAAAUCAGCAACAAUCAAUUACCACUCCACCUGGCCAUCAAAUAUGGUUGCAAUCCAGUUCUCUCCAUUUUGGCCCAAAAUGGUGCCGAUGUCAAUGCUAUUAAUGAAGUCAGCAUGACACCCCUUCACAUGGCCGCAGACAUGCUGAAUAAGGAGAUGAUGGAAACACUCAUUGCCUAUGGAGCAAACGUCAACUGUGCUGUCUCUUCCACGGGGAACACGGCUCUGAAGCUGGCAGUGCGCGCUGCGUCAAGCAAAGCAGGCCGACUACUCAGGGCAGGGGUCAGCUGCAUCUGUCUGCUGCUCACUCACGGAGCCAAAGUCAAUGCCCAGGACUACAAAGGCCAAACAGCCAUCCACGAGGCAUGCUUUGGAGGCAGAGAGCCAAUAAUUGAUCUUUUGCUUGAAUUUGAAGCAAAUAUUAAUAUUUUAACAAAAAACGGGGAAUCUCCAAUUUACAUGUACCUUCAGCGCAGUUUCAAUAUAAGACACACAGCACUUCUGUCCAGGCUUCUUAAUCGCACUUAUCCUCUGAGAAUUACCAAUAACCAAGGAAUUUUACCUACAGGAAUCAUGCUACCAGAAUUCCGCUUCUUAAGGGACACCCUAAUAAAGCAAUCGAAAAAACCUUUAUCCCUACAGGAUAUCUGCAAAAGAAACAUCCGGAAUAUUUAUGGUGAGAAAUACAAACAAUACUUGAAGCAACUUCUCCCAGUGAAGAUAUGGAAUUCUGUCUACUGUUGGUAUGACUCUGUGUACCUCUUGAAAUAGGACCUCCAAUUUCACAGCAGCAGGGAAUGUCAGUCACUCAAACUGCAUUUUCUGGCUAGACAUGUACCAGAAAAUGCUUAACCUAUCACCCUUUACAUCCCAAAUGUACACACUACUGGUUCCUAAACAUUUUCAAAAAAAGUGAUCUGCCUUUUAACAUUUUUGUUCCUAGGUGGUUUCUUUUUCCCCUCUAACCUGUGUCAAAGGAGUUCCUAGGUUUUUUUUCAGGCCCAUGACUUAAUUUGCUUAGUUAAUUUAAAUCUCUUCAGCCAAAGAAACAAAUAUACGUUCUCUCUUUCUUGAUAAGUCUUUUGUGGAUAAAAAUCAAACAGUCAUUAUAUACUUUUUUUAAACAGCAAAAACAAAAAUCCCAUUUUGUUCAACUUUAACAUGAACAAUUACAGAAAUAGAGUUUAUCUCUAAGACUGAAAAAACAAAUGAGCAUUUCUGCUAAAACUAAGUACCUUUAGCACCACUGAUUAUAUGAGUACUCAGAGCACACUUAGUACCUGAAAAAAAGUACUCAACAGAGGAUUUUCAAAUGUCCAAAAAUUACUGCUUUAAAUUCAACUUACAGCCAAGUGCAGUGGCUCAUACCUGUAACCCCAGCACUUUGGGAGGUUGGGAUGGGAGGAUCACUUGAGACCAGGAACUCAAGACCAGCCUGGGCAACAUAGUCAAACUCCAUCUUUACAAAAAAAAUUAAAAAUUAGCUGGGAAUGGUAGCACAUGCCUGUAGACUCAGCUACUAGGGAGGCUGAGGUAGGAGGAUCACUUGAGCCUGGGAGUUCGAGGCUGUAGUGAGCUGUGAUCAUGCCACUGCACUCUGGCAUGGGUGACAGAGUGAGACCCUAUCUCAAACAAACAAAAAAUUCAACCUAAUAUUUUUAUACUCUGAAUCUACAGAACAAUGAUUUAUCUAACAGGAAUUAUAAUCUCCUAAGUAAAUGAGGUAGGACAUGUCAUCUUAUUUAAUUCAGUGAACCAACAUCAAGUCUUCCCUGUUACAAAGCUUCCACUGCUUAUUUAUUUUAUUUUUUAUUUUUUUACUUUUUGAGAUGGAGUCUCACUUUUGUUGCCCAGGCUGGAGUGCAGUCGUGCGAUCUCGGCUCACCACAGCCUCCACCACCUGGGUUCAAGCGAUUCUCCUGCGUCAGCCUCCUGAGUAGCAGGGAUUACAGGCAUGCACUACCAUGCCUGGCUGUUUUUGUAUUUUUAGUAGAGACAGGGUUUCUCCAUGUUGGUCAGGCUACUCUUGAUCUCCCCACCUCAGGUGAUCCACCCACCUCGGCCUCCCAAAGUCCUGGGAUUACAGGCCUGAACCACCUCGAAUGGUCAGCUACCACUGCUUUCCAUUAUUUCAUCAUCCCCACUUACCUUCAGAUCUCUGUGCACAAUUCCCAUGUUAUGUAUGUAAAACACACCUUCUACCAAUUCUUGAAAAAUUUUUGUUGCAACAUUGGCCAUAACGUAAGGACCUUGAAGUAGAAAAAAAAAAAAAUUUUAUUUGUCUUAUUUUUUUACUCAUUACAUUAGCAUCUAAAUAUUAAUGUCGUUCUAAAUACAUUAACAUCUGACACUUAAGAACAUUCAGAUUUUCAACAAAGUCAAUGCUGCAGAAUGGUCUAAAACCUAGAAACAAGCAAGAAGGCCUCCUCAGCUAGCAAAGAAACCAUCACAAACCAGCACUCAAUAGCUGAUGGACUUUGUCAACCAGAAAGAAAGUGCCUCUAACUUCACUCAGAGCCCUCCUUUGUAUAUAGUAACUUUUUAAAUAAUUCUCAGGUAUCAGGCAACUAGUUUCAAUAGUUUAAGUCCCCUUCAACCCCUGACAUUUUGGGAUUUAAUACUAAUAAAUCUGGUAUCCUACCCCACAGCAGAUUAAAUACAUUAUUACAAAUACUGGAUUAAGAAAAAAGAUAAAAUAUGUUAGCUUCCAGGAGCAAGAUUCAAUCAUCUGGAAAGCUUCACUUUCCAAAAAUGACAGCAUAUUGCCCCCAAAAAUGUAAAUAAAUUCAUCUCUUAAUAUGAUAACAUAAAAAUAUAUAUAUAUAUUUGAUGACAUAAGUGAAUUUGGAGGAUGCAGAGGUUUUACAGGACUAACACAAAAUUCAAUAAAAAGGUCUGGAGGCCGGGCACAGUGGCUGAAGCCUGUAAUCUCAGCACUUUGGGAGGCAAAGGCAGGCGGAUCACCUGAGGUGAGGAGUUCGAGAGCAGCCUACCCAACAUGGAGAAACCCUGUCUCUACUAAAAAUACAAAAAAUUAGCUGAGUGUGGUGGUGCAUGCCUGUAAUCCCAGCUACCCAGGAGGCUGAGGCAGGAGAAUCGCUUGAAUCCUGGAGGCAGAGGUUGUGGUGAGCCGAGUUCACGCCAUUGCACUGCAGCCUGGGCAACAAGAGUGACACUCCGUCUCAAAAAAAAAAAGAAAGAAAAAGGAAAAAGUCUGGCCAGACACAGAGGCUCAUGCCUAUUAUCUCAGGACUUUGGGAGGCAAGGACAGGAGGAUUGCUUGAGACCAGAAGUUGGAGACCAGCCUGGGCAGGAUAAUGAAACCUCAUCUCUACAAUUUUUUUUAUAUCAGCCAGACAUGGUGGCAUGCACCUGUAGUCCAGCUACUCAGGAGACUGAGGCUGGAGGAUCACUUGAGCCGGAGAGGCCAGGGUUACACUAAGCAGUGAACAUACCACUGCACUCCUGCCUGAGUGACAAACAGAGUGAGGCUGUCUCAAAAAAAUAAAAUAAAGUGAAUAAAAAAUACAAAUGAAAAUAAA